UGGAUUACCCUAUCUAAUGGAAUUGCUAUAAAUCUUCACCUGGAUAACUCUACGGAUCCUUGGCGAUCCUUGAAAAAGGUGGACGAUGUCGGAACGAGUCAGCCUAGCGUCGGUAAAUCCGAGCUUGACAUGUACCCUGUGCAAAGGAUACUUCGUCAACGCAAUGACCCUUGUGCGGUGUAUGCACUCUUUCUGUAAGAGCUGUAUAAACCGCCACUUGGACACGAGCAGCGCCUGUCCGACCUGUCAAGAACGAGUGUUCCGCAGUCGCAUGGAUGACUUUAUGGUUCCCGACGAGACGCUGCAGAACAUUGUGUACAGAAGCGUACCGGGUCUCUACGCGAACGAGAUGCGCCGCAGACGAGAAUUCUACCAAAGCCGCGAGAAACCUUCGAAAACCGGCGGCGCUGGCAACAGCUCAAGCGCCGGGGCCGAUCGAAUUGAGGAGAAAGGUUAUCCUGAGCGUGUUAUUUUCACCGAAGAAGACAUGAUCUCGCUGGUUUUAGAGCACCGGCAGCAGGCGGACGUCGGGUCACGAUCUCUCAAACUUUCCAACGUAAACAUCGAGUGCGCUGCCGUCACACCGGUCACAGUCUUGAUCCGCUUCAUCCAGAACAAGUUUGAUUGCCCCAACUCGCUAAUUGUUCAUUUUCGGCUGGAGGGGAGCGCGAAGAGCAAACAAAUUGUUCUCGACCCCGACUUUCGAUUGUUAGACGUAUGCUACAUAGCGAGCUACAAAGCCACCGAACCGCUAAAGUUGCUGUACAGCUUCGUACAGUUCAACCCAUCCCUACGAGAUCCACCCAAGCGUUCCAAUUCAAUGGCGGUCGACCCAGCCCCAAGAGUUGUCAAGAUUGGCUCUGACGCUCACCGUUCGAUCUCAUCAAGCGCCAACGGGAACGGCAUUCCGUACUUCAGCAAGCCCGAAAUCCGUGCCAAGAACGUCGACAUUCCGAAGAGCAGCGCGACAAGCGCACCCCACAACAGCACGGUGAAUGUGGACGCGAUAUUGAGUCCAAUGAAAACUUACUCGCGUAGCUCUCUCGCGCCCCUCAAUAUCGCUCUGAGCGAUAACGAUUCGACCGAGGAGGAGUGUGAUAACUGGGAUUCGAACGUGUCAACAACCAUAGACAGUGUCACUAGGCAUCAUCAGAAGUCGGUGAAGCCUCAGGCAACGUUGCAGGAGCGGAAUAGUGCAAACUUCGAAAUGUCACCGCCUCGCACGGUGCCAGUCCUGCUUACGGCUCUCGCGAAACCCACGCAAACCGUUCCCCUUUCAACUAUCCAAACCGUACAAAACCGAAACCCGAUCGUUCCCAGAUCACAGAGCUUCGCCAGAGAUCAGAAGGCAGCGACAACAGCUGUGGCUUCGAGUGCGGUGAACGUGAAGCGACCGAACGCAUCUCCCAAAUUCUCCUCUACAUUAUCUCGUCCGAGGGUGAUUAAGCCCGCAAAUCAAAAAGAGAGACCGACAGAGAAGAAAUCAAGCAACAUUCAGUCGCAACAGAACAAGAUCUCCAAGGGUCACACCGUGUCUUCGGGCAAGCGACCGACAGUUCUGAAAAUUAAAUUGAACACGAGCUCGACGGCAUCUGAAACGUUCACAAUUACUUCACCGAUCCCGAGAGAUACAAGGUCUUCGACAUUAGCGGAACGACUCGCCUCGGUGGCGUCUGUCUCCAGUCCGGAAUCGGGGUCGAGCUGCUCUUCCAGCAGCGGAUCGAGCAUUGUUUCGGAUUUCGCUUCGAGAUCUGCGGUUUCUCCGACGGCGGAUAACGGAUCGACGGUCAUGCGCUCGCAACCUUCGGUGAGAUUCAAAGCCCUGAAUGUGCCCAACGGGCCACAGACCAGGAGCAAAAGUCCAUCGCCGACGGCUCGAGAUUCCCGAGCUGCUAUUCUCGAUGCUAAGAAGCGGAAGAGAAUGGAGGAGGACGAGUUCAGAAGAAUCGAGGAGGAAAAGGUCAAAGCCAAGCGAGCGAAAAAGAGGGACGAGAGGGAGAGGAAGAAACCCCUCAUCAACGAAGUACCUGCAAAUUUCGAGCACCACGAGGGCCUCCUGGAUGCCACCAGUUUCGGGUGUCGGAGUUCAGUUUUGUGUUGGGAUUCGCAACUUCGUAUUCCGGCUCCGCUGACCGUGCCUUUGACAGUUACCUUAGCGCGGAGAAAGACAGAAGGCAGUGAGACUAAACAAAUUGAGAAAAUGAACUCGCUACAAGGUCGAGAAGCGUUCCUCCGGAACAAUUUCGGGCUCGAGAAGAGCACCAACCCACAGAAGGGAGCCGCGACGCGUUGGGUUAGGCCGCGGGCGCCGGAAGUCAAAGUCGAGGUCAAGCUGCCCCCGGCCGACUUCGAGAUGUCCGCUUGCCUCGCGGAGGUCAUGAGUGCGAUCGCACGUGACAACACCGAAACGCAAUCUCUCGCACCAGCCCCAAGUCGAGAUGUCGAAUCCAAGCCCAGCGUGAAAUUCAGCAUCAACAGCAUUCUGUCCGGAGACGUGGGUCUCAGGAAAGAAAUUGUUCCGAAACCGACGCUGUUCUGGAGCGAGGUGCAGAUCUCGAUCGAGUUGUACAUCAGUCACAUGAGCCGCUUCUUCUGGCUCCUGGAAUCCUGUCCCAAAGCCUCUCCGGUGAGGGGUCGUAUCCUGGCGGCGUGUAACUCGAAAACGUUCGGCCUGGGGAAGAUUCUCGACAUCCUGCGCAAAUUGAGCGGCUCCUCAGCCAAGAGUCAGAUUGACAGAGUCCUCGAACUCAGUGCCCUUAUCGAGAAGUACGUGUCAACGAGCAACCUUCCCGACAACCACGACGGAUGCCGAAGCGGAAUCGCCGACGUCGUCGUCGUACCGAACCCAGGGCCAAAUCAAUCGGACUUGAAGUUGAAGACAGAAAAUAAAUUCUACGAUUUAAACAGGAAUCAAAUGCCUUCAAGCAACGUUGUGCUCAAUGUUGGAACAACCCCGAGACGCUCUCUAGGCGAAAGUGUGGCAUUUCCUGUUACGGCAGCUGAGAGGCAACUUCACGAGCUGAUUGUGAAAAGCACGGACGCGGCUUCGAAAAUUCCCGGAAUGACAACGCUGGAACAAACGAAGCUGUUCGAUCUCAUUAGCAUAAAGCGUUCGUCGUCUGUGAGUAGUUUGAACACUUCGGACGGCUCGGAGAAUUUCGGUGACUGUGAAAUCGAUCAACACCGAUGGGAAGACGUCGAACUUCUUCCGACUGCGCGGUCGUGGCCCGACUGUUCAACUGAAGCCUGA